AUGGUCGACCCAAUAUCCAUUAUCGGCCUAGUAGGGCAAAUCUCAGACCUCAUCCAACGAGCCUACAACUAUGGCAAAGCUGUCCACGACGCUCAAUGUGACAUGCGCAAGCUCUAUACAGAGCUUCUCGGCCUCAAAGGUGUAUUAGAGCAGCUAGAGAAACUAGACAUGGCGUCAGCAGAACCACAUAUAGCCGAUUUAAAACGCUCGAAUGAAUUUCGUAAGACUUUAUCUUCGGCGUCGGAGCUUGUGGGUCGCCUUGUUGAGAAUCUGAAUAAGAAGCAGACUUCUUCUCGUCGAGUGAAUGCAUUCUUGUGGCCAUGGGUGAAGGAUGACGUGAUAGCAGAUAUUCAGGAUCUCGAACGUGUGAAGACUUGGUUUAUCGUGGUGAUGAUGGCUGAGAGCUCGACGCAGAUGGAAGUCUUGAUGAUUGAAUCGCAUGAGAUUUUGAAUAUUGCUAGAGAAGGCCAGGCGAGGGGCAAGCUCAAAGAUCAAGGUUUGCGAUCAACCAUGUUACAGCGUCGUAUCGCUUACUUUUUGAACAGAAGAAAGGAGAGAAGCGAUCAGGCAAUGGAUACAACCGUUCUGUCCUAA